AUGGCGAUCCUCCCGUUUCCCCGAGCUUUGAUCCCGCUGCUCCUGCUGCUCGCGGCCGCCGCCUCCCCGCCGCCGGUGAUGGCGUCGAGGGCCGCCGUCCGGGACGGCACCUCCUGCACAAUGUGCGCCUCCUGCGACAACCCUUGCCAGCCCGCUCCUCCUCCUCCGCCGCCGUCACCGUCCACCGCCGAGUGCCCUCCGCCGCCGUCGUCCACGCCCGGCACGUUCUACUACUACUCCCCUCCGCCGCCGUACGUCUACACCUCACCUGCCCCCCCUUCCGGCGGAGGCUAUUACUACCCUCCGUCGACCAACGUCUACUAUAAGGCGCCGCCGCCACCAAAUCCCUUCCUACCCUACUUCCCCUUUUACUAUUACAGCCCUCCCCUUCCCUCAAAUUACUACUCCGGUGCCGUCCCCUUCCAAAAUCCCUCAUCCCCCUUCCUCUUCUCUUCCAUUCUCCUCUUCGUCUUCCUCCUGUAG